CUUCACUAACUAGUACUUUAUCUAAGUUGGUAUAUUGAUAAUAGUUUAAGAUGUAAUCUAGACAGUUGUCGUAUUCGAAUUUAACAAGUUGAAAUUAUACAGCAACUUUAUAUAUCAGCAAAAUAAAUUCAUAUCUAAUGUCUUCGUCAUUAAACAAAAAUAUAAGAUUGUCGUGCCUACUAUUUAUUGCAUGGCUUAUAGAUAUGUAUUGCUUGGAUAUAUUGAAGGAUAUUUAUGUAAAUGAUCAAAAUAAUUCAGUGAAUCAAUUAACCAACCCAUCUGAUCAUAUAACUGAACCAAUGAAAACUAAACGGCAGAAUAAAUUGAAACUUUCCAAUCCCAUCAAGUCUCAGUCGUUACAUAAACGUGGUGAUUUUAUGGACUCCGAUCAAAAUGAUAUAACAAAAAUGAAAGCUGUAUUAAAUAAAACAGCUUUACUACCAUGUCGUCCAGAUCGACAAUUAUUAAGUGUAAAUGGUAUAGACGAAAAUACUAAAGGGACUCUCUUAUGGAAAAGAACUAAAACCAAUGAAUAUCUGAUUCAUAAUAACAGACGACUUCAUCCCGAUACUCGAUAUAUACUCGAUAUGUCGUCAUUUGAUCAGACAAUACUUGACCUUCGUAUUGAUCGUGUUCAAAGAACCGAUGAAGGUGAAUAUGUAUGCUUAUAUUCAAAUGGUGAAACAGUUUAUAAACAACGUGUUUAUCUCAAUGUACUUGUACCUCCGGUUAUUUCUGAAAAUAGUUCCAGUUCUACAAGAGUAAUCGCCCAUGAAGGUGAAAAAGUUAUCUUACAAUGUAAAGCUUGGGGAGUACCAGAGCCUAUUAUCACAUGGUAUUUAACUCCGAAAGAAGGACGUCAAUAUCGAAUAUACGAGGCGACUGAUAAAAGAUUCAUAAUUGAACCAAAUCAGUUAAUGAUUUCAAAUAUAACUCGUGAUUUGCAAGGAACUUAUAAGUGUCUAGCACAAAAUGGACUAGAACAAAAUGCAUGGCGUAUCAUAGAGCUUGACGUACGAUAUCCUCCAACUAUUGAAAUGGCUAAUCUAAAACUUGGUCAACUACUUAGAGGUACAACAAUGGUACGAGCUGUAAUUGCUGGCAAUCCAAUUAAUUUAUUUUAUUGGGAAUUCAAUGGAAGACCAAUUCAUGGACCGAAUAGUAAUUGUCUUGUCCCGAUGCCGAAUGAAAAAUAUUGUAUUUUAAUUGAUAAAGCAAAUUCUAAACAUGGCGUCAUUAGAACAACUUUAUUUAUAGCUAAUUUAACUAUAGCUAACUAUGGUCAAUAUACAUGCGUAGUUGAAACACCAUUUGGUACAUUUCGUAAUAGUACAGAAAUAUUUAGAACCUACUCGUCUCCAUCAACAACAUGGGACAAUUCAUAUGCUGGGAACUAUGAACAUCGUGUUCCAAGUUUAUUAACAAACUAUCAAGGUUCAUAUGAAAAAAUGUCAGAAAAAUUAAACAAACGUGCAACUUAUCUUACACAAGAUCGUUUAAAAUCAUCAUCUUAUUCCUCUUUAUCUUCAGUAAAUGAUUUCAAUUCACUACUGUCUACUACUAGUACAAUCAAUCAACAACAACCAUCAUCAUCCUUAUGUCCAACAUGUUUAAAUUAUCAACAAAAACAAAUGAAUGAUUUAACUACACUUAAACCGAAUCUUUUAACAUUGAACAAUUUCAAUGAUUAUAAUUAUUUGAGAAAUUUAUCAAGCACAUUGAAAUGUUCAUGUAUUACAUUCCAUUUAUUAUGGUUGAAUAUUUUCACUUCAUUUUUAUAUUACUAUUAUAAUUAUCAUUAUAACUGUUUUGUUUAA